AACCUAAGCCCGGGCGCCACUGGCGUCACCUCUCUUGCGUGCCCCUUUCUGCCCGGCUUUGGGCGUGUCCUGCAGUCGUGGCAAGGCUCCUCCUCCUGCUGCUCCUCUUUCCCCAUUCCAUUUGGACCUACUCCUAGGGUGCUUUCGCGCAAACUGUUCUCCUCUGGGUCCCCUCCUUCCGCUCCUAGCAAUGGUGGCCUGGCGCUCGGGGUUCCUCUUCUGCCUCACUUUCUCCUUGGCCACUCUGGUCCAGAGAGGAUCUGGGGACUUUGACUCCUAUCUGAGCAAUGCAUUGAAAGAAACUUCCUCAGUAAAGCAGAGAUGGGACCAUGUCACCACCACAACUAAAAGGCCAGGAAUGACCAGAGCUCCAGCAAAGCUUGCAGAAGUAGAUGAUUUCAACUUGGCUGAUGCUUUGGAUGAUCAAAAUGAUCAAAAUGAUGGCCACAAGGAACCAAGUGCAGGAGGAGGAGGUUUUUCAGACAAGGAUCUGGAAGACAUAUUAGGGGGUGGUGACUACAACCCUGACAAAGGUAGAGGUAGGAACAUUGAUUUGUCUGAACACCUUAUUCUCACUUAAAAUGUGAUUACAUUGUCACUAGGUUGAUUGAACCAUUCUUAGCCUCUGGGAAGUCAGAGGUAGUUCCCAGACAUCAGUACUUGCAACUUGGGGUUCACUUGGAAUGAUGUAGACUUUGCAGCUCAAGGAGGAGAGUUUAUAAUCCAAUUUUGAAAA